UGUGCAGGGCGGGGCAGUGCGCAUGCGCGGUACCUCUGUGGCCCUUGUCUUGGUGUCUGUCCUGUCUUCAGGGACCUUCUCCAGCUGUACAUUCACACAAAGCUCUCUCAGGCGAACACACAUCUGCUCACUACGGAUUAUUUGUCGGGCUGCUCUGUGUAAACCUCACUCUCUGUCGUCGGGAGCCGCCCGGGGCGUCGACCGGCCAACGAGCAGAAGCAUCCAUUCAUCCUUUCAGGGGCAGCUGAGCUUUUCCAGGCGAGCUAGCUAGCGUUAGCCGAGCGAGCGGCAGGGGACAGCUGUGUUAAAAUGUCGGGUUACCAAGGAAAGAAGAACAUCCCAAGAAUCACUAGCGAUCGUCUUCUCAUCAAAGGAGCAAAGAUCGUGAAUGAUGACCAGUCCUUCUUGGCUGAUAUCUACAUGGAAGAUGGAGUCAUCAAGCAAAUCGGAGACAACCUCAUUGUUCCUGGGGGAGUUAAGAUCAUAGAGGCUCAUGGGAGAAUUGUGAUGCCUGGGGGUAUUGACGUGCACACCCGGUUCCAGAUGCCUGAUCGAGGCAUGGUGGCAGCAGAUGACUUCUACCAGGGCACCCGGGCGGCCCUGGCUGGGGGAACGACCAUGAUCGUCGACCAUGUGGUGCCGGAGCCUGGCGUCAGUCUGGUUGCUGCCUUCAAGCAGUGGAGGGAGUGGGCUGACAGCAAGUCCUGCUGUGACUAUUCUCUGCAUGUGGACGUCACUGAGUGGAACAAAGGCACUCAGGAAGAUAUGGAGGCCCUGGUGAAGGAUCAUGGUGUCAACUCUUUCCUGGUCUAUUUGGCAUAUAAGGAUGUUUUCCAACUUUCUGACUCUCAGAUCUAUGAGGUGUUCAGUGUCAUCAGAGAUCUCGGAGCCAUUGCACAGGUGCAUGCUGAGAACGGAGACAUCAUUGCAGAGGAGCAGCGACGUAUUUUAGAGCUGGGCAUCACUGGCCCUGAAGGUCAUGUGCUCAGCCGCCCAGAGGAGGUGGAGGCCGAGGCAGUCAAUCGCUCUGUCACCAUAGCCAAUCAGACCAACUGCCCCCUCUACAUCACCAAGGUGAUGAGCAAGAGCGCCGCUGACGUCAUUGCUCUCGCCAGGAAAAGGGGUGCUGUGGUUUAUGGAGAGCCCAUAUCUGCCAGUUUGGGCACAGAUGGUACCCAUUACUGGAGCAAGAACUGGGCCAAGGCAGCGACCUAUGUCACGUCUCCACCACUCAGCCCUGAUCCCACCACCCCCGACUACCUCAACUCCUUGUUAUCAUGUGGGGACUUGCAGGUGACUGGCAGUGCUCAUUGCACUUUCCUGACUUCCCAGCGUGCAGUAGGAAAAGAUGACUUCACCCUAAUCCCAGAGGGCACCAACGGCACUGAGGAGAGGAUGUCCCUAAUCUGGGACAAAUGUGUGGUGACUGGCAAGAUGGAUGAGAACCAGUUUGUGGCAGUGACCAGCACAAACGCAGCCAAGAUCUUCAACCUGUAUCCCCGCAAGGGCCACAUCGCUGUGGGGUCUGAUGCUGACCUCGUGCUGUGGGACCCAGAUAUCACCAAGAUCAUCUCAGCUAAGAGUCACAACCUGGCUGUGGAGUAUAACAUCUUCGAGGGCACAGAGCUGCGUGGAGGUCCAUCUGUGGUGAUCAGCCAGGGCAAGAUUGUGUUGGAGGAGGGCAACCUUCACACCACUGAAGGCUGCGGGCGCUACAUCAGCCGCAAACCUUUCCCUGACCACGUGUACAAGAGGAUAAAGGCUCGCAGCAGGCUCACAGAGUUGCGAGGAGUUCCCAGGGGCCAGUACGACGGGCCGGUGUGCGAAGUGACAGUGACUCCCAAGGUCAUGUCCACAGUCUCCUCGGUGAAGACCUCCCCUGCUAAGCAGCAGCAGCCGCAGCAGCAGAUUGCUCACCAGCCAGUGCGCAACCUUCACCAGUCUGGAUUCAGCUUGUCUGGUGCCCAAGUUGACGACAACAUCCCUCGUCGCAACACUCAACGCAUCGUGGCUCCUCCUGGUGGAAAAGCCAACAUCACCAGCCUCGGCUAAUUUCCUCCCAUGACUGAGUGCAGGGCCACACGGGACAAGAAGCCACUGUCACAUGACAUGUGGUCACCUCUGACUCCUCCCCCUCUGCACUCAACCCAAACCACUCCAUCCAUUCUAUUCACACACUACCACCAUGUCACCUCAUUCAAAAAAAGAAAGAAAGCAUUAUUCCAUUUUUUUUCUUUCCUGCCAUAUUCCACAGUCUUCAAGGAAAGAUCAAGUGAAUUGAAACAGCUUUUUUAAAGCCCAGUUUGAUUAUCCAUGGAGGUUAUUUGUUUACAUUUGUUUACAUUUGUUGUAUAAUUUCUUGCUGUACAUGUUUUAGCUGUUGAGUUGCUUCUUUUGGCUCAGAAAGUUGACCUAAAAAGUUGUUGUUUACACGAGCAGGCAAUUUAGAAACAGCAGUUGUUUACAGUUUCUCUUCUUGCGCUGUGUAUUUCCCAGAUAUUAAUAAGAAUGUGCUGGUGGUGGUGUAGCACCAUCACCUUUAUUUAAACGUUAAAACCUCCUCUCUCCUUGUUGUAACGUGGCUCCACUGCUGUUUCAGUAGGAAAAUGUGACUUUGUUAAUGCAAAAAUCUCAAAAUACUAAUGGAAGAUUAGACCAUAGAAUAUUGUUUUUACAUCUCUGACGUUUGCAGUAUGAGCUGAACAAUUCACUUUGGUCUUCCUUUUGUGCUAUGGCUGCACUUUCUUCAUUUCUUUAUUUUGUGUGAAUUGAUGUUUUAUGUUUUAUUGAAGUCGUCUUUUAGAAUAUGCUGACUGCACUGAAAGGAAAAGAAAGGGUAUUUUAGAGUUAAACCACUCAUUCAGUUUCAGCCUGAAUAUGGGAGUAGGGAGGAGAAAUGGCUGCUACAUAAUAUUUUGUCUGAGAAUCACCUCCCCCCACCCCUCAUAUUAUCAUUUUGUUGUUUUCCUCAUGUUUGUGAAAAGGUUGUCAGGGCAAGCUUCCAAUAAUCAGAGCGGUGUAUAUUGUUGAGAAUGCAGACAGGCACUAAGAUGAAGCUGGAUAUGCAGACAACCUUUCUGCACCUGGUGCUAUAAGACCAUCGCUGCAUAUGUGCAGAUGAUGUACACACACACUGACACACACACACACGUUUGUACUUCUAUCUUAGUGACGACACUCAUUGACACGAUGCAUUCCCUAGCCCCUUAGCCUAACCAUCCAAACUAAAUGCCUAACCUUAACCCUUAAUCUAACCUAAACCUUAUUUUAACCCUAACCCUAAAACCCUAACCCCCAAACAGUCCAUUAAAUGUGGGUCAGAAAGUGAGGACCCACCUUUAACCAAAAUGUCCUCACUCCGUAGGUUGUAGGCUCAAACUGGUCCUCACAUAUAGCUGUACAAGAGCACACACACACACAAACACGCACGCACGCACACAAAACACACACAACAGUGGUGUAAGCUUUGUAAUAAUAGCAGCCAGGGCACAAGCCUUUUACCUAGUAUUGACAGAAUUUGUUUUUGCACUAAAUGGUUAACCUGUAUGUGAGCUUGCAACUUUUUGUUUGUGUUUGGAUAUUCGUUGAGUUGAACUCCUUGCUUGCCUCCUCUGUAAGAUAUUGACAGCGCACUGUAUCUAUGAAGGCUCUUUAAAGAAGUGGAACCAUGAUCUUUUGAGACCUGAUGAAAAAUGCUCCAGUAUGUGUAUGAAUUCCCUCACAGUGUGCAGAUAUUGUGUCCACUGUUCUAGGUGUUAGUGUUGUGAAUGAGUUACCAGAUAUCCAGUUGUUCUUUCCUUACCCUCUGAGACACCAGAGUCACUCAAGGUCGUAAACUUUAUUCACCGAAACCACGGGUCGUCAGUACUGUAAAACACUGGAUUAUUUCUUCCUCAUUGCCUUGUCAAGUGUUGGUUUUGUAUGCCAAGCUAUAAUGUGAAGUGUUGACAUUUGGGGAAGUUUCAUGGUGAUGGUUGUUGAGUUGUUACGUUCAGCACUGUUGUUGCCCCUCGCCCAGCAAGUGUGAUACUCUCUCAGAAGUGUAUGUUUUGUAGGUUACAAGGGUUUUGGGGGGAAUUCGUUGGUCCCGUCAGCAUUUGACCCUAUCUGUGUUGACUUCAGUGGAUUAAAAUAAUAAAAAAUGAAA